GCGUAUGGUGGCGUCGUCAUUAUUGACCCGAAUCGACAUGGGUCUCUCGUGCCUUUGUUGUCAUCCAAAAGCAUGCCUAGGUGGAGAUGCUGGGGCUCGAUGCACUGUGAGACUUGUGUGAAUCUAGAAGGCCCUACGCAGAAGAUGCAUAUGCUGGGUCCUCGCUAGCCUUUGCUCCCGCACAAUCUAAUGACAACCUCAGCAAUACCAACAUCAUAUCUUUUAUCUUCGAGAUUCAUGGAGAACUCCCAACGCCACUCCCCAUCAGAGAAUCAAUCUCUUCGAAAAUCAAGCUUGGUCAUUGUUAGCUGGUAACCAUGCGACGCUACAGCACUGCUGAAGACCAACAUCGACGGCCUUCAAUGGCAUCUGCCGACAGUAUCCAGGAGGCUCCCACUGAGACGUCACAACUUUUGCCAAAGAAACCCGAUGAUGAUGACCAGUCCACGAGCCAGGAAGAAGGAGAGCUUCUCGAUAUCCUGCCCGAAGAUGAGACGUCUUCCAGAAAAUUGAUCCUGCACGAAUUCUGGGUUCUAUUCCGUGGCUCUAUUCCGGUGGUUAUGGCAUAUACUUUGCAGAACUCGCUGCAAACCGUCUCAAUUUUGAUCGUGGGCCGAGCAUCACCUCAGGAUCUGUCGACUGCUGCCUUCUCGUACAUGUUCGCUAUGUGUUCAGCCUGGUUGAUUGGCAUGGGUGGUAGCACCGCUUUGGACACACUCGCCUCCUCGACGUUUACCGGCAGCAAGAACAAGCACGAUCUGGGAAUUUUGCUCCAGCGCUCUUUUAUCGUUCUCACCUUGUUCUACAUCCCCGUGGCUAUUUUAUGGGUCUGUUCAGAACCCCUCUUCAAGGCCCUCGGACAAAGCCAUCAGUUGUCGAGAGACAGUGCCAAGUUUCUCACCUGUCUCAUCCCCGGCGGCCUUGGAUAUAUCUAUUUUGAAACCAUGAAGAAGUACCUCCAGGCACAGGAAAUUAUGCGUCCAGGGACAUAUGUUCUGCUGAUCACUUCACCGAUCAGUGCCGCUCUCAACUAUCUAUUUGUCUAUACCGCCGGAUGGGGGCUAUAUGCAGCUCCAUUGGCCACUGGUCUUGGUUACUGGUUAUCAUUCCUGGGCUUACUUCUCUAUGCAAAGUUCGUCGCUGGGGGUGAAUGCUGGGGUGGUUGGACUAGAAGGUCACUGCAGAACACUGGUACAUUCGCCAAACUGGCGAUCCUUGGAGUCCUUCACGUCGGCUCUGAAUGGUGGGCAUUUGAGAUUGUAGCUCUGGCAGCUGGCAGACUCGGAGAAAUUCCUUUGGCCAGUCAAAGUGUCAUCAUGACGGCCGACCAAGUGCUCAACACAAUCCCCUUUGGCAUCGGAGUGGCAGCCAGCGCCCGUGUAGGCAACAUGCUGGGUUCACGCAACGCAAAAGGUGCCGCACGUUCUGCAAACACGGCUGCUUGGCUGAGCAUAAUCGUUGGAACUGUGGUGCUUGCGAUCCUCAUGGGCACCAAAAAUCAUUUUGCCAAAAUCUUCAAUGAUGACCCCAAGGUGGUCAAGUUAACUGCCGAUGUCAUGCCUUACGUUGCCUUGUUCCAGAUCGCUGAUGGCUUAAAUGGCAGCUGUGGCGGGGCAUUGAGAGGCAUGGGCAGACAACAUAUUGGAGCAACAGUCAAUCUCGUUAGCUACUAUUGUGGCGCGCUGCCUCUUGGUAUCUGGUUGGCUUUCCACGGAUGGGGACUGGCAGGUCUCUGGGUUGGUCAAUGCAUCGCUUUGUACCUUGUGGGCUUUGGCGAAUGGGCGAUCGUUGCUUGGAGCAACUGGGAGUAUCAGGUCGAGAAGGCCUUUGAACGAAUGGAUACUGAUGAUCUGGUUGAGAGUGGUCAGGCUGGUUAGAGAUGGGAAUAUAUGGUCCAUCGUGCGUGUAUGCUAGAGGAAUCUCUAUAGAUUGAUUCUGAUCUACG